AUGCGUUACUCUCUGUGGUGCUCCAUUUUUGGGAGUCUUGUUGGAGGCGCCUCCGCCACCCAAGCAUCUCCAGCUCACGUGCAGGAGCUCAAGGAACGUUGGGGUGAAGAUUGGGCAUUUUCAGGCAUUACUACUUUUGGCCACUUGGAGCAUGUCCAUUGUCUCACCAAUCCCGACACGCCAUUUGACAUCGGGAUUAUUGGCACGCCAUUCGACACGGCCGUGAGCUAUCGACCUGGUGCGCGUAUGGGCCCGCGUGCCAUUCGCACCGCCUCUGCUCGCCAUAUCCCAUCGCGCGCCUUUCAUGCCGCAGCCCAAAUCAAUCCAUAUCAGUCAUGGGCACGCGUGCUAGACUGCGGUGAUAUCCCCGUCACUCCAUUCGACAACGCCGUCGCCGUCCAUCAAAUGACUGAGGCCUACCGGGAGCUGGGCUCCCGGAGGACAACCACCGGGACGGGCAAGCCCAAGCUCAUCACCCUCGGUGGAGAUCAUCUCGUGGCGCUUCCCGCCCUCCGAGCUCUUCGCGAACAGUACGGCGAGCCCGUGGCUCUCUUGCAUUUCGAUUCCCACCUUGACUCGCUGCAUCCCGAUCGGUACCCCUCAGCUUGGACUUCCAUGCAAUCUCAGUUUAACCACGGCUCUGUCUUCUGGAAUGCCAUGAAGGAGGGCCUAAUCUCGAAUUCCUCAUCUCUACAUGCCGGUAUCAACACCCGUUUGAGUGGGAAUUCCUUCCAGGACCUAGAAGACGACGACAAGCAGGGUUUCCUGCGAAUUGCCGCCGACGAGGUUGACACGAUUGGCGCGGCCGGCAUCGUCGAUCGCAUUCAUCAGCAUAUCCCGAAGGAUCAGCCAGUCUACAUGAGCAUUGACAUCGAUGUAUUGGAUCCCGCGUUUGCCCCGGGAACGGGAGCUCCUGAGCCGGGUGGUUGGACCACGCGCGAGAUGAUCAAAAUCUUGCGGGGUGUCAUGGAUCUCAACAUUGUCGGAGCUGAUAUCGUCGAGGUGGCCCCGGCCUACGACACUCCAGGGGGUGAAACCGCAUAUUUGGCGGCAAAUUUGGCGUACGAACUGGUCACUGGCAUGGUGGCCCGAGAACAGAAGUCCCGGGCGCCGGCAGGCGGGCAACAAGUGCCGGUAGGGAUGAUGCAAGAGCCGAACGAAUAUGAGGUGUGCUACCGCCUCAAUCCCGGCGCUGAAAACGUCCUCAAUGGCCUGUUGAAGCAAAUCAGCUAG